GUCAAAGAAGAGAAACAAUAAAAAAUAAAAUAAAAGGAAAUUCCAUAUUUCUAAUUGGGAUUUAUGAGUUAUGGUUUCAAAACCUUGAGUGACAAAAGCUAUUACAAUUACUACAAAGAUUACACUAAUAAUACCCAAAUUGACGUUCCAGAGAAGUCGUCAAAUCGGUAAGAAUCAUGGAGGUGGAGCUCAAAGAAUUGCUGAGUGAUCUCCAUUCUCUCAAGAAAUCAAUCUCAGAUCCUUCUCAUCUUGCUCUAAUCGAAAAGAUGCAUUUGCAUGCUGAAAACAUCGCUACUCUUGAGAAGUCGGGAACUAUUCGCCGUUCAAAAGUCAAGGAUAUGAGUGCUGAAGUUGUUGAUAGCAAUCCCUAUAGCAGGCUUAUGGCACUCCAGAGGAUGGGUAUUGUGAAUAACUAUGAAAGAAUAAGAGAGUUCUCAGUUGCCAUUGUUGGCAUAGGUGGUGUUGGCAGUGUUGCUGCUGAGAUGCUGACAAGGUGUGGCAUUGGUCGCCUUUUGUUGUAUGAUUAUGACAAAGUGGAGUUAGCUAAUAUGAAUAGGCUAUUUUUUCGCCCAGAGCAGGUCGGUAUGACAAAGACAGAUGCUGCUGUACAAACUCUUUCAGAGAUAAAUCCUGAUGUUGUGCUUGAGAGCUACACGUUAAAUAUAACAACCGUGGAAGGUUUUGACACAUUUAUGUCAAGUCUUACAAACAAAUCAUUCCGGCCAACUAAGAGUGGUAGUGGGGUUGACCUCGUCUUGAGCUGUGUAGAUAAUUAUGAAGCAAGGAUGGUGGUAAAUCAGGCCUGCAAUGAAUUAAAUCAGACAUGGAUGGAAUCUGGUGUAUCUGAAGAUGCUGUGUCAGGUCACAUACAAUUGCUGAUUCCUGGUGAAACUGCCUGCUUUGCAUGUGUGCCUCCUCUGGUAGUAGCAUCUGGAAUUGAUGAACGAACCCUAAAGCGUGAAGGGGUUUGUGCUGCAUCACUACCUACUACAAUGGGAGUUGUUGCUGGACUUUUAGUUCAAAACACAUUGAAGUACUUGUUGAAGUUCGGACAGGUGUCACGCUAUCUGGGGUACAAUGCUCUCAAAGAUUAUUUUCCAACAAUGGAGAUGAAGCCAAACUCACAAUGUUCAAAUGCUGCUUGUUUGGAACGACAGAAGGAAUACAUUCUUGCAAAGCCUACUAGGGAUGCUGCUGCUAAAGCAAAGGCGGACAUAGAAGCAGUAUCACCUGCAGAAAACCCUGUUCAUGCAGACAAUGAAUGGAACAUAAGCGUUGUAGAUGACGAAGAGGUGGAUGGUUCUGACGUGAAAAAUUCAGGUGUCCUUCCCGAAGGUAUUGUUCAUGAGCUGCCAGUAGCUGACGAUUACCCAAAAGCACCUGUCACAGAGACUGUUGGUCCUGCGGAUGACCUUGAAGAGCUCAGAAGGCAACUUGAAGCCCUUAACGCUGAUUAGACUACUGAAAAUACAAAAAGAGAAAAAUUCUUACUAUAGAGAAAAGUAAAACUUGCUCGAAGUUGCAUGAUGCUCGUGUAAAAUUUCCUUGCUUUGGAGAAAAAUUAUGCUUCCUAAAGUGAGCUCGAACACAUUUGGGAUCUUGGCGGCAUUUUUAAUGCCUAGUGUUCCUAUUCCCAGCAUGUGGGAUGAACUAGUCCUACAUUGCAACAACUUACUGACAGAUUUAAGUUAAUGUUAUAUUACUAAAAGGUUAAUUAAAUAUUGUCACCAUUCAGUUCUAGCAA